AUGGAUUUCACCGGCAAAGUAGUUUUAAUAACAGGCGCUGGUUCGGGAAUAGGAAAGGAAAUAGCUAUUCAUUUUGCAAAAUUAUCUGCUAAUUUAGUAUUAAUAAGUUCCAAUGUAGAUAAACUCACAAAAGUAAGCGAAGAAUGUAAGCAUUUAUCCAAUAGUAGAGUGCUUAUUUUGCCUUGUAAUUUACGACAAAUUCAUACUAUAAAAGAUGUUAUAUCUAACGCUAAAAAGGAGUUCGGCAGAAUAGAUGUAGUCGUUAAUUGUGCUGGAAUUGCAGCUAUAGAUGGAAUUACAAGCGUAGAUGUUUUAGAUAAAGUAGAUGAUGUACUUAAAGUUAAUUUCGAAGCUGCUGUAGCUAUUACACAUUCUGCUGUGGAUACACUAAUAGAAAGUAGAGGAUGUAUUAUUAAUAUUGGAAGCAUAAUGGGAACUAUGGUCGGUAAGUAUUCAAUAGCUUACAAUGUGUCUAAAGCCGUAUUAUUACAGUUCACGAAAUGUAUAGCUUUAGAACUAGCCGAUAAUGGUGUGAGAGUUAAUUGUAUAUCACCCGGAUCGGUGAAAACAAAUAUAAUAUCAGAUUUCAUACCAUCGGAACAACAAGAAAAUUUUUGGGACAGUUUAAUAGAUGAUUAUCCACUGAAACAUUUGCCUACAACCGACGAUAUUGCUAACAUGACAACGUUUUUGGCAAGCCACAAAGCUAAAAGUAUUACUGGUUGCGAUAUUAUUGUGGAUGGGGGAAAAACUCUAACGAAAUUUCUGCAUCAAUAUUGA